AUGAGCCAUGAUAUGUCCAAGGACUAAGAUAGAUUAUAUAAAUUGACAAAUUUCACAGGCUCAAAUGGCUUAGCAAUAGUAUUUUAGAAUAGAAAGCCUAUCUUUAUGACUGACAAUAGAUAUAAACUUUAAUCUUAGCAGGAAAUUAAUCCAGAUGAAUUUGAGAUCAUGGACCCUAGUCUGAGCACUGAAAUAUCUGAGAUCUUAACAGAAAAUAAAAGCUCUGAUUAGCCUUAUGCUUCUGUUUAUAUAGACGGAAGUUUAUUCCCACUUUCAUUUACAGAGAGAAUCAAGAAAUAGCUUCUAAAAUCUGGAAUAAAAUUUGAAAUUAAUAUUAAAGAACCAUUAGUUGAUUAGGUUUUACAAUAGCAUCCAGAUAAUCAAGCUAAUUAAAGCAAUUAGCCUAAAAUUCAUGGUUUUGAAUUGAAAAAUCCUGGUCUCACAUUUGAGGAAAAGAGGAUGCUUGCACUAAAUCAUCAGAUUUCCAAGAAAAUGGGUCUAGAUUCAAUUUAUGUGUCAAGUCCGGAAGAAGUUUCUUGGUUUUUGAAUAUGAGGGCUACUGGUAUUAAUGAGUACUCACCAAUAAUUAACGGAUUCAUGGUUAUCUCAAAGAAUCACAAAACCUAUCUAUUUGUGGAUAAGUAGUCAAAAUAGGCAUUAGAACAAACUAGACUGAGGUUAGAGGGGGAUAUCAUUGAAAUUUGUGAUUUAGGUCAAUUCAAAGAUAGAAUAACCAAUUUAGGGUUGGAAUCUAUAGGAAUUGAUAGAAGAUCUUGCUCUUCAGGAGCAUAUGAAGUACUUAAUCAAUCAGGUAUUAAGAGCAUUAAGUUCUUUGAGGAAUCAGCUGCAUUAAUAAGUUUCUAUGCCAAACUAAAUGCAAAGCUAAAUGCUGAUGAAAAAAUUCAUGAGCACGAUUGCCCACAAAUUUUAGAUGAGAUUAGACAAUAAUUGGCAGGUAGUAGUUAUCUGAGUAAUUCUUUCCCAAUGAUAUGCGGCUCUGGUGGAAAUGGAGCAAUAAUUCAUUAUAGAGCUUAGGAUAAUCAUUCAAGGUUAUUAAAUAAAGAUGAAUCAGUCCUUAUAGACACAGGUGCAUAAUACAUUCAAGGCACUACAGACACUACUAGAACCUUAUUAUUCUCAAAUAAAAAGUCCUCUAAAUAUGAUAACAUAAGAGAGAUGUAUACAAGAGUACUUCUGGGAAAUCUAAGUCUAGAAAAGACUUAAAUACCUAAAGGAACUUAUGGCUAUUAAAUUGAAUCAAUUGGCAGAAGGCAUUUAUGGGAAGUUGAAAAAGAUUUCAGCCAUGGUAUUGGUCAUGGAGUGAGUCAUUGUGGACCAGUUCAUGAGUACCCGCACUAUGCUUAUGGAAAAGAUAAAAAUAGUGCUUUGGCACUUCAAGAAAAUAUGAUUAUUACAAAUGAACCUGGCUAUUACCUUGAAAAUCAAUAUGGGAUUAGGAUUGAAAAUAUGCUAUUAAUUGAAAAAUGUGAAAAUAAUCAUGAAUUUUUAAAAUUCAAGAGUUUAACUUUAGUUCCAUAUUCAAAGAACCUAAUAGAUAUGUAAUUGCUUGAUUAAAGUCAUAAGUUUUGGAUUAAGGGUUAUUAUAGCUAAAUAUUGCAUGAAAUCGAACCAAUUUUGAAAAGAAAUAAUAAACUCGAAGCUCUUGAUUACCUUCAUAAGGAAACAAAAGAAUUUAUUUGA